UUCCACUGUCACAUGCUUGUAUUGUAUCAUACGCUGCUGCAAGCAUUCCAGUAUUACCAAACGAUUUCCAUGGGGAGUUUUUCGAUACAAAAGGUCGUCUAUUACUUCAAAUUCUGGCAAGGUGAGAUAGUAAGAGUUCCUGCAAGUGGAAGUGACAAAGAGCAAAUACUUAUACCACUGAAAGAAUUCAUGAAAAAACAAGAUGAGUUAACCAAAAAAGAUGAGAUGAUUGAUGCAUUACAGAAAAAGAUUCACAGAUCCCAAGGACAGCAUAGCCACAGCACCCAUCAGAGGGUGUCAUCACAACACCAUGGGCUGAGCCCAUGGAGAAGGAGCCUUUCUCUCUUCCACCUCCUCUCAUUCUACCGAUGGAGCUGGACCUGCCCACGGUGCAGCAGCUGACAGCUUCUACAUCUUCGUAUAGGCCUUCUGGGUAUUUUCCAGGGGAUGUUUGCACCAAAGCGAUGGCCGGAUGGUGGAGUAUGACUGAAAGUCUGACGUCCCCAGCAGCCAAAGUUUCCAGGUCAUCUUAGCAUCCAUGCUUCUGCCUCCUCUUCCAUUGUUGUGCUCCUUAUUCAAUGACAGUCUGUUGAUUUGAGAGGGGAGGAAUGUUAUGGCAUAAAGUCAAGUGCCGACACGCCAGUCAGGAAGGAUAGAGAAGAGAUAGCUGUUAGAAGACGUCAGCCAAUUGCACACUGACUGACCUCUCUCCAGGACAACAACACGACAGCAGCGACCCAUAUGUGGAAAGGACAUAUGUGCUGUGACUGACUGAGACAUCCGAGUUCAAUAGUAGCUUAAAGAUGAGUGAUUAGGAUAGAAUUGUCAAUGAUAGUUACUUUGCUUGUACUGUCUAUGUAGCACAGACUUGUUUAUAUUGAAGACAAUUGCUUAUUUUGUGUGUCGCCCUUUGCUUGCAACAAUUCAUUGCAAUUGUCAAAGUUA